AUGCUCUUUGUGUGUGUGUGUGUGUCUGUGUUUUCUUUUCCAGGUCAGAACUGUGGAGGCUUAGUCCAGGGUCCCAAUGGCACCAUCGAGAGCCCAGGGUUUCCACACGGUUAUCCAAACUACGCUAACUGCACGUGGAUCAUUAUCACAGGAGAACGUAAUCGGAUACAAUUGUCAUUUCAUACCUUUGCUCUUGAAGAAGAUUUUGAUAUUUUAUCAGUUUACGACGGCCAGCUCCAACAAGGGAAUUUGAAAGUGAGAUUAUCGGGAUUUCAGCUGCCGUCCUCGAUCGUCAGCACAGGAUCUAUCCUCGCGCUGUGGUUCACAACAGACUUCGCCGUGAGUGCCCAAGGUUUCAAAGCCCUGUAUGAAGUUUUACCCAGCCAUACAUGUGGAAAUCCCGGGGAGAUACUGAAAGGAGUUCUCCACGGCACAAGAUUCAACAUAGGAGACAAAAUCCGGUACAGCUGUCUCUCUGGCUAUAUCUUGGAAGGCCAUGCGAUUCUGACCUGCAUCGUCAGCCCUGGGAAUGGUGCUUCCUGGGACUUUCCAGCUCCAUUUUGCAGGGCUGAGGGAGCCUGUGGAGGGACCCUGCGGGGAACCAGCAGCCACAUUUCCAGCCCGCACUUCCCCUCAGAAUACGGGAACAAUGCUGACUGUACCUGGACCAUCCUCGCUGAGCCCGGGGACACCAUUGCCUUGGUCUUCACCGACUUUCAACUAGAAGAAGGGUACGACUUCUUGGAGAUCAGUGGAACAGAAGCGCCAUCCAUAUGGCUGACUGGCAUGAACCUUCCUUCUCCCGUUAUAAGCAGCAAGAACUGGUUACGACUGCAUUUUACAUCUGACAGCAACCAUCGGCGCAAAGGAUUCAAUGCACAAUUUCAAGUGAAAAAGGCAAUUGAAUUGAAGUCAAGAGGAGUCAAGAUGAUGCCCAGCAAGGACAGUAGUCAUAAAAACUCCGUCUUGAGUCAAGGAGGCGUUGCGUUGGUCUCUGACAUGUGUCCAGAUCCCGGGAUUCCGGAAAAUGGAAGAAGAGCAGGUUCCGACUUCAGGGUUGGUGCAAAUGUCCAGUUCUCCUGUGAGGAUAAUUAUGUGCUCCAGGGAUCCAAGAGUAUAACCUGUCAGAGAGUCACGGAGACACUGGCUGCGUGGAGCGACCAUCGGCCCAUUUGCCGAGCUAGAACAUGUGGAUCAAAUCUGCGUGGACCCAGCGGCAUCAUCACCUCCCCUAAUUACCCUGUUCAGUAUGAAGACAACGCUCACUGUGUGUGGGUCAUUACCACAACUGACCCGGACAAGGUCAUCAAGCUCGCGUUUGAGGAGUUUGAACUGGAGCGAGGCUAUGACACCCUCACCGUGGGCGAUGCUGGCAAAGUGGGCGACACCAGGACCGUCUUAUACGUACUCACUGGCUCCAGUGUUCCUGACCUGAUUGUGAGCAUGAGCAACCAGAUGUGGCUGCACCUGCAGUCUGAUGACAGCAUCGCCUCGCCUGGAUUUAAAGCUGUUUACCAAGAAAUCGAAAAGGGAGGAUGCGGGGACCCUGGGGUCCCUGCCUACGGGAAGCGGACUGGCAGCAGCUUCCUGCACGGGGACACCCUCACUUUUGAGUGCCAGGCGGCCUUCGAGCUGGUGGGGGAGAGGGUCAUCACGUGCCAGCAGAACAACCAGUGGUCGGGGAACAAGCCCAGCUGUGUGUUCUCAUGUUUCUUCAACUUCACUGCGUCGUCGGGGAUUAUCCUGUCCCCCAAUUAUCCGGAGGAAUACGGCAACAACAUGAACUGCGUUUGGUUGAUCAUCUCUGAACCCGGGAGCAGGAUCCACCUCAUUUUCAACGAUUUUGACGUGGAGCCUCAGUUUGACUUCCUGGCGAUCAAAGACGAUGGGAUUUCUGACCUAACCGUCCUCGGCACUUUCUCGGGCCACGAGGUGCCCUCCCAGCUGGCCAGCAGCGGGCACAUCGUCCGCUUGGAAUUUCAGUCCGACCACUCCACCACCGGCAGGGGGUUCAACAUCACUUACACCACAUUUGGUCAGAAUGAGUGCCAUGAUCCUGGGAUUCCCAUAAAUGGGCGACGUUUUGGGGACAGAUUUCUACUUGGGAGUUCGGUUUCUUUCCACUGUGACGAUGGCUUUGUCAAAACCCAGGGGUCGGAGUCUAUCACCUGCACCCUGCAGGAUGGAAAUGUGGUCUGGAGCUCCACGGUCCCCCGCUGCGAAGCCCCGUGUGGUGGACACCUGACAGCUUCCAGUGGACUCAUUCUGCCUCCCGGAUGGCCAGGAUAUUAUAAAGAUUCUCUGAACUGUGAAUGGAUCAUCGAAGCCAAGCCCGGACACUCUAUCAAAAUAACUUUUGAUAGAUUCCAGACUGAAGUCAACUAUGACACGCUGGAAGUCCGAGAUGGGCCAGCCAGCUCGUCCCCGCUGAUCGGAGAGUACCAUGGCACGCAGGCCCCCCGGUUUCUGAUCAGCACUGGCCAUUUCAUGUAUCUCCUCUUCACCACGGACAACAGCCGCUCCAGCGUCGGCUUCCUCAUUCACUACGAGAGUGUGACUCUGGACUCGGACUCUUGCCUUGACCCAGGAAUCCCUGUGAAUGGGCAUCGGCACGGCAGUCAUUUUGGCAUCAGGUCUACGGUGACUUUCAGCUGUGACCCGGGGUACACACUGAGCGAUGAUGAGCCUCUGGUCUGUGAGAGGAACCAUCAGUGGAACCACGCCCUGCCCAGCUGUGACGCCCUCUGUGGAGGCUACAUCCAUGGGAAGAGUGGAACCGUCCUUUCACCAGGGUUUCCGGAUUUUUACCCAAACUCCCUGAACUGUACAUGGACCAUUGAAGUGUCUCACGGGAAGGGAGUUCAGAUGAUCUUCCACACCUUCCACCUAGAAAGCUCCCACGACUAUUUACUGAUCACAGAGGACGGGAGUUUCACCGAGCCCGUGGCCAGACUCACUGGCUCUGUACUGCCUCACACUAUUAAGGCGGGUUUGUUUGGAAACUUCACCGCCCAGCUUCGGUUCAUCUCAGACUUUUCCAUUUCCUACGAGGGCUUCAACAUCACGUUCUCAGAAUACGACCUAGAGCCUUGCGAUGACCCUGGCGUCCCUGCCUUCAGCCGAAGAAUUGGUUUCCACUUUGGAGUCGGGGACUCUCUGACUUUUUCCUGCUUCCCGGGGUAUCGCUUAGAAGGUGCAACCAAGCUUACGUGCCUGGGUGGGGGCCGUCGUGUGUGGAGCGCGCCUCUGCCAAGGUGUGUGGCUGAAUGCGGAGCAAGUGUCAAAGGAAAUGAAGGAACAUUGUUGUCCCCAAAUUUCCCAUCAAAUUACGAUAAUAACCACGAGUGUAUCUAUAAGAUAGAAACAGAAGCUGGCAAGGGGAUCCAUCUCAGAGCACGGACCUUCCAGCUGUUUGAAGGAGACAUUCUGAAGGUGUAUGAUGGAAAAGACAGUUCAUCGCGUCCGUUGGGGUCCUUCACUAAGAAUGAGCUCAUGGGGCUGGUCCUCAACAGCACUUCCAAUCACCUGUGGCUGGAAUUCAACACCAACGGCUCUGAAACCGACCAGGGUUUCCAGCUCACCUAUACGAGUUUUGACCUAGUAAAAUGUGAGGAUCCCGGAAUCCCUAACUAUGGCUAUAGGAUCCGAGAUGAAGGCCACUUUACCGACACUGUAGUUCUGUACAGCUGUAACCCAGGCUAUGCCAUGCAUGGCAGCAACAGUCUGACCUGCCUGAGUGGCGACCGGAGAGUGUGGGACAAGCCCCUGCCUUCCUGUGUAGCGGAGUGUGGUGGUCAUAUCCAUGCUGCCACGUCAGGGCGCAUCCUGUCUCCCGGCUACCCUGCUCCCUAUGACAACAACCUGCAUUGUACCUGGACCAUCGAGGCCGACCCAGGAAAGACCAUCAGCCUGCACUUCAUCGUGUUCGACACCGAGGCGGCCCAUGACAUCCUGAAGGUCUGGGACGGCCCCGUGGACAGUGACGUCCUGCUGAAGGAGUGGAGCGGCUCCAUGCUCCCCGAGGACAUCCACAGUACCUUUAGCUCGCUCACCCUGCAGUUCGACAGCGACUUCUUCAUCAGCAAGUCCGGCUUCUCCAUUCAGUUCUCAACAUCCAUCGCGUCCACCUGCAAUGACCCAGGCCUGCCUCAGAACGGCACCCGCUACGGGGAUAGUAGAGAGCCGGGGGAUACCGUCACCUUCCAGUGCGACCCCGGAUAUCAGCUCCAAGGACAAGCUAAAAUCACCUGUGUGCAGCUGAAUAACCGAUACUUCUGGCAGCCAGACCCUCCCACGUGCAUAGCUGCGUGUGGAGGGAACCUGACGGGCCCAGCGGGUGUCAUUCUGUCACCUAACUACCCGCAGCCAUAUCCUCCCGGGAAAGAAUGUGACUGGAGAAUAAAAGUGAAUCCAGACUUCGUCAUCGCCUUGAUAUUCAAAAGUUUCAACAUGGAGCCCAGUUAUGAUUUCCUGCAUAUCUAUGAAGGAGAAGAUUCCAACAGACCUCUCCUUGGAAGUUUCCAGGGUUCUCAAGCCCCAGAAAGAAUAGAGAGCAGUGGAAAUAAUCUUUUUCUGGCUUUCCGGAGUGAUGCUUCCGUGGGCUUGUCGGGGUUUGCGAUUGAAUUUAAAGAGAAGCCCCGGGAAGCCUGUUUCGACCCUGGAAAUAUAAUGAACGGGACACGCAUUGGCACGGACUUCAAGCUUGGCUCAACCGUGACCUACCAGUGUGACUCUGGCUACAAGAUUGUGGACCCCUCCUCCAUCACGUGUGUGAUCGGAGCGGACGGAAAACCUGCCUGGAGUCAGGCCUUGCCUUCCUGCAACGCUCCCUGCGGAGGCCAGUACACGGGGUCCGAAGGGGUCGUUUUGUCACCAAACUACCCUCAUAAUUACACGGCCGGUCAAAUAUGCCUCUACUCCAUAACGGUGCCAAAGGAGUUUGUCGUAUUCGGACAGUUCGCCUAUUUCCAGACGGCACUGAAUGAUUUGGCAGAAUUAUUUGAUGGGACACACCCACAGGCCAGACUUCUCAGCUCUCUCUCCGGGUCACAUUCAGGUGAAACAUUGCCAUUGGCGACAUCAAAUCAGAUUCUUCUCCGAUUCAGUGCAAAGAGUGGUUCAUCUGCCCGGGGUUUCCACUUUGUUUACCAAGCUGUCCCUCGAACCAGCGAUACCCAGUGCAGCUCUGUCCCUGAGCCCAGAUACGGACGGAGAAUUGGCUCCGAGUUCUCGGCCGGUUCGAUUGUUCGAUUUGAGUGCAACCCGGGGUACCUCCUUCAGGGCUCCACCGCCAUCCGCUGCCAGUCCGUGCCUAACGCGUUAGCACAGUGGAACGACACAAUCCCGAGCUGCGUGGUCCCCUGCAGUGGCAAUUUCACUCAGCGCAGAGGUACAAUUUUAUCCCCCGGCUAUCCUGAACCAUAUGGUAACAACUUAAACUGUAUCUGGAAAAUCAUAGUUACGGAGGGAUCAGGAAUCCAGAUUCAAGUGAUCAGUUUUGCCACGGAGCAGAACUGGGACUCUCUGGAGAUUUACGACGGAGGGGACAUGACCGCGCCCAGGCUGGGAAGCUUCUCAGGAACCACGGUCCCAGCUCUUCUGAACAGCACAUCCAAUCAGCUCUGUCUCCACUUCCAGUCUGACAUUAGCGUGGCAGCCGCGGGCUUUCACCUGGAGUACAAAACGGUGGGUCUCGCUGCGUGUCAAGAACCCGUCCUUCCCAGCAACGGCAUCAAAACAGGCGAUCGGUAUAUGGUGAACGACGUCCUGUCCUUCCAGUGUGAACCGGGGUAUACCUUGCAGGGCCGCUCCCACAUUUCUUGUAUGCCGGGAACCGUUCGCCGCUGGAACUACCCGUCUCCCCUGUGCAUCGCAACCUGCGGAGGGACACUGAGCAGCAUGGGGGGAGUGAUCUUGAGCCCAGGGUUUCCAGGCACGUACCCCAACAACCUGGAUUGCACCUGGAAAAUCCAGCUACCUGUUGGCUAUGGUGCACAUAUUCAAUUUCUGAAUUUUUCUACCGAAGCUAACCACGACUACCUUGAAAUUCAGAACGGACCCCACCACGGCAGCCCCAUGAUCGGGCAGUUCAGUGGCACAGAACCCCCCUCCUCCCUGCUCAGUACGACACAUGAAACGCUCAUCCACUUUUACAGCGACCAUUCCCAGAACCGGCAAGGGUUUAAACUCACUUACCAAGCCUAUGAGUUACAGAACUGCCCGGACCCACCUCCUUUUCAGAAUGGUUAUAUGAUCAACUCGGACUAUAGUGUGGGACAGUCCAUAUCCUUUGAGUGCUACCCUGGGUACAUUUUAAUCGGCCACCCAGUCCUCACCUGUCAGCACGGGAUCGACCGAGACUGGAAUUAUCCUUUUCCGAGAUGUGACGCUCCUUGCGGAUAUAAUGUAACAUCUCAGAACGGUACCAUUUAUUCCCCUGGAUUUCCCGAUGAGUACCCAAUUUUGAAGGACUGCUUCUGGCUUAUCACUGUACCUCCUGGCCACGGGGUCUACAUCAACUUCACCUUGCUGCAGACUGAAGCUGUUAACGAUUACAUUGCUGUUUGGGAUGGGCCUGAUCAGAAUUCACCUCAGCUGGGAGUUUUCAGUGGGAAUACGGCCCUGGAAACCGCGUAUAGCUCCACCAACCAAGUCCUGCUCAAGUUCCACAGCGACUUUUCAAAUGGAGGCUUCUUUGUUCUCAAUUUUCACGCAUUUCAGCUCAAGAAAUGCCAACCUCCCCCGGCUGUUCCACAGGCAGAAAUGCUUACUGAGGAUGAAGAUUUUGAAAUAGGGGAUUUUGUGAAGUACCAGUGCCACCCUGGGUACACGCUGGUAGGGACUGACACGCUGGCCUGCAGGCUCAGUUCCCAGCUGCAGUUUGAAGGCUCUCCCCCAACGUGUGAAGCGCAAUGCCCAGCAAAUGAAAUCCGGACAGAAUCUUCUGGAGUCAUCCUCAGCCCAGGUUACCCGGGCAACUAUUUUAACUCCCAGACGUGCUCAUGGAGUAUUAAAGUGGAACCAAACUAUAACAUCACCAUCUUUGUGGAUACAUUUCAAAGUGAAAAGCAGUUUGAUGCACUGGAGGUGUUUGAUGGUUCUUCUGGUCAAAGUCCUCUGUUAGUGGUCUUAAGUGGGAACCACACUGAACAAUCCAAUUUUACAAGCAGGAGUAAUCAGUUAUAUCUCCGCUGGUCCACCGAUCAUGCAACCAGUAAGAAAGGAUUCAAGAUUCGAUAUACAGCACCCUACUGCAGCCUGACCCACACUCCGAAGAAUGGAGGCAUUUUCAACAGGACCACGGGGGCGGUUGGAAGUCAAGUGCAUUAUUUUUGCAAGCCUGGGUAUCGCAUGAUCGGCCACAGCAACGCGACCUGUAGACGGAACCCAGUUGGCAUGUAUCAGUGGGAUUCUCUCGCCCCGCUCUGCCAGGCUGUGUCCUGUGGAAUCCCCGAGUCCCCGGGAAAUGGUUCCUUUACGGGCAACGAGUUCACGCUGGAUAGUAAAGUGAUCUAUGAAUGUAAUGAGGGCUUUAAGCUGGAAGCAGGCCAACAAGCAGCGGCCGUAUGUCGGGAAGAUGGACUGUGGAAUAACACGGGGAAGCCUCCUGCAUGUACACCGGUGAUUUGUCCUGGCAUCGAAGCUCAGCUCCCGGAGCACGUCACCUGGAGACUGGUUUCGGGGUCACUGAAUGAGUAUGGAGCUCAGGUCGUGCUGAGCUGCAGUGCUGGCUAUUACCUGGAGGGCCAGAGGCUGGCACAGUGCCAAGCCAAUGGAACGUGGAGCCUAGGCGACGAGAGACCCCGAUGUCGAGUGAUCUCGUGUGGAAGCCUCUCCUUUCCGCCAAACGGUAACAAGAUUGGCACGCUCACAGUUUAUGGGGCCACAGCUAUAUUUACGUGCAACACGGGCUACACCCUGGUGGGGUCUCACGUCAGAGAAUGCUUAGCAAAUGGACUCUGGAGUGGCUCCGAAACUCGCUGUCUGGCUGGCCACUGCGGUUCCCCGGACCCGAUCGUGAACGGUCAUAUCAGCGGAGACGGCUUCAGCUACCGGGACACUGUGGUUUAUCAGUGCAAUCCUGGCUUCAGGCUGGUUGGAACUUCCGUUCGAAUCUGCCUGCAAGACCACAAGUGGUCCGGACAGACCCCCGUCUGUGUCCCCAUCACCUGCGGCCACCCCGGGAACCCUGCCCACGGCUUCACCAACGGCAGCGAGUUCAACCUGAACGACGUCGUGAACUUCACCUGCAACACGGGCUAUCUGCUGCAGGGCGCCUCUCGGGCCCAGUGUCGGAGCAACGGCCAGUGGAGUAGCGCCCUGCCCACGUGUCGAGUGGUGAACUGCUCAGAUCCAGGCUUUGUGGAAAACGCCAUUCGUCACGGGCAACAGAAUUUCCCUGAGAGUUUUGAAUACGGAAUGAGUAUCAUGUAUCAUUGCAAGAAGGGAUUCUACUUGUUGGGAUCUUCUGCCUUAACCUGUACGGCGAAUGGCUUAUGGGAUCGGUCUUUACCCAAGUGUUUGACUAUAUCAUGUGGACACCCAGGGGUUCCUGCCAAUGCUAUCCUAACUGGAGAACUAUUUACGUAUGGUGCCGUAGUUCACUACGCGUGCAAAGGGAGCCGUGAUCUUGUAGGCAACAGCACUAGAGUGUGUCAAGAGGAUAGUCACUGGAGUGGGGCGCUACCCCACUGUACAGGAAAUGAUCCUGGAUUUUGUGGGGAUCCGGGGACCCCAGCGCAUGGAUCCCGGCUUGGAGAUGAACUCAAGGCCAAGAGCCUUCUCCGUUUCUCCUGUGAGAUGGGUUAUCAGCUGAGGGGCUCUCCUGAGCGGACGUGUUUGCUCAAUGGCUCAUGGUCAGGACUGCAGCCCGUCUGUGAAGCCGUGUCCUGUGGGAAUCCUGGCACGCCCACCAACGGCAUGAUUGUCAGCAGUGACGGCGUCCUGUUCUCCAGCUCGGUCAUCUACGCCUGUUGGGAAGGCUACAAGACCUCAGGGUUAAUGAUUCGGCACUGCACAGCCAACGGGACCUGGACCGGCACAGCCCCCGACUGUACAAUUAUAAGCUGUGGGGACCCAGGUACACUGGCCAAUGGCAUCCAGUUUGGGACGGAUUUCACCUUCAAUAAGACUGUAAGCUAUCAGUGUGACCCUGGCUAUCUCCUGGAACCUGUCACAUCAUCCACCAUCCGUUGUACCAAAGACAGUACAUGGAAUAACAGCAAACCCACCUGCAAAGCUGUCACGUGUGGCCAGCCUCCUCAAGUACAGCACGGGAAGGUGGAGGGAGAAGAUUUCCACUGGGGGUCCAGCAUCAGUUACAGCUGCGUGGACGGCUUCCAGCCCUCUCACUCCGCCAUCCUCUCCUGCGAAGGCCGUGGGGUGUGGAAAGGGGAGGUGCCCCAGUGCCUACCCGUGUUCUGCGGAGACCCCGGCACCCCCGCGGAGGGGCGGCUCAGUGGCAAAAGCUUCACCUAUAAAUCUGAAGUCUUCUUCCAGUGCAAACCUCCCUUCAUACUGGUGGGGUCCUCGAGAAGAACCUGCCAGGCCGACGGCACGUGGAGCGGCACCCAGCCCACCUGCAUCGAUCCAGCUCAUAACAGCUGCCCAGACCCCGGCACUCCACACUUUGGAAUACAGAAUAGCUCCAGAGGAUACGAGGUUGGAAGCACCGUGUUUUUCAGGUGCAGAAAAGGUUACCACAUCCAAGGUUCUACGACUCGGACUUGCCUGGCAAAUUUAACUUGGAGUGGAAUACAGACAGAAUGUAUACCCCACGCCUGCAGACAGCCAGAAACGCCAGCCCACGCGGACGUGAGAGCGAUAGACCUCCCCGCCUUCGGUUACACCUUGGUGUACACCUGCCAUCCGGGGUUCUUCCUCGCGGCCGGGUCUGAGCACAGGACGUGUAAAGCAGAUAUGAGGUGGACGGGAAAAUCGCCUGUCUGUAAAAGUAAAGGAGUGGGAGAAGUUAAUGAGACAGUUACUAAAACUCCAGUUCCUUCAGAUGUAUUUUUUAUCAAUUCAGUGUGGAAGGGAUAUUAUGAAUAUUUAGGGAAAAGACAACCUGCAACUCUAACAGUUGACUGGUUCAACGCAACAAGUAGUAAGGUGAACGCGACCUUCCUCGAAGCCUCGCAGGUGGAGCUGAAGUUGACAGGUGUUUACAAGAAGGAAGAAGCUCGCUUACUUCUGAAGGCUUUCCAAAUUAAAGGUCCCGCAGAUAUUUUUGUAAGCAAGUUUGAAAAUGACAACUGGGGACUAGAUGGCUAUGUGUCAUCGGGACUUGAAAGGGGAGGAUUUACUUUUCAAGGUGACAUUCAUGGAAAAGACUUCGGAAAAUUCAAGCUGGAAAGGCAAGAUCCCUUAAACUCGGACCAAGAGCCUUCAAAUCAUUACCACGGCACUAGCAGCGGCUCGGUCGCAGCUGCGAUUCUCGUUCCGUUCUUCGCUCUGAUUUUGUCCGGAUUUGCGUUUUACCUCUACAAACACAGAACGAGACCAAAAGUUCAAUACAACGGCUAUGCCGGACACGAAAACAGCAAUGGACAAGCUUCAUUUGAAAACCCUAUGUAUGAUACAAACUUAAAACCCACAGAGGCAAAGGCUGUGCGGUUUGACACAACUCUGAACACAGUGUGCACAGUGGUAUAGCCCUCAGUGCCCCAUUAGGACUGAUUCAUAGCCAUACCUCUGUCGGACAAGCAGUAACUCCUUUGGUGCCACAUACCACUCUCCCUUCUAGUCUUGGCUUUGCUGCGGUGAUCUUUCACAUCUUCUGCUGGCGUCCGUGCGGCGGGAAUCUCCAGUCACGUGCGCCAGAGUCUCCUGAGGAUCGGGUGACACAGAGACCUGCAUUCUGAACGUGGAUUCUCCAUGCCUGGCUUCAUCUGCUCGGGAUCAAGGCACACUCAAGGAAGACUGCCGAGUCACGCCAAUACUUUGUACUUAAUGCCUCAGACUUUCGUAUUUCUGUGUGGCUGGGAUGCCUUUCAAUGCAAUCUUCUGGGCACGUGGAUACAUCCCCUGGGUGCGGUGAUAAAAUGAUAGCACCACAAUAUGUUGUUUUGUUUUUUUAACCCCCAUAAAUAUGAAUACUCUGAAAAACAACAACAACAACAACAACAACAACAACAGAGCUCUCUUGAAGAAACCUUUCUGGUAGAGAUGCACACACCUACAAACGCUUCACUCUGUCCUUCCUGAGACCUGACAAGCUUUGAGGACUCAUGGCUCCCCUCGGUGUCCAUUCCUAGGGCCAUUUGCAAAUUUCCCAGUCAGCCGUUCUAUUGCAGAAUUUUUGAUGCACAAUUUUUUGCACUAGUGUGUUAUGAAUGACUGAGUAAGAUUCUGAUAAAAAAAAAUAAACUAUUUACACAGGGUUUAUACACACUAUCCAUUGUAUAUAAGCAUCUUCUCAUGCUGUCCAGCGAAACAUCCACCAUCCAUCCGUUCAGUUGGCAUCUUAGCAAAAGAAAACAUCCCCAGAUAUGGCACAGGUUUUAAAGGGAAACGUGGUGUUGAAGAGAUUUAUUUUAUCAUUGCUUCUUUUAGCUGCAUAUGUGUGUUGAAGUCAUUGACGAUGUCGAGAGGGGGGAAACACCAGAGGGCUUUGCAGUUGCCGCACACUCUGUUCCCUUUAGCAGCACCCGUGACCGCCAGUACUGCUGUAUUGCGUGGCCAGGGGGCUGCUGAGCUUCUCUUUGCCGUGGAGAAUGUCAGUAGUAAUUUAUUUUAGAUAGCUCAUGAGCUUGUGAGGCUUGGCUCACUGUAGCCUUCCCUCCGCAUCACAGUUUGUUCUUCCAGAGCACCGCCACUCUCUGCCGUGGCAUUGAAGGACAGUGCUGUGCAGUCGCCCCUUGAACUCAGUGGGAACCGUCCGGGAGCAGAGCAUCAGAUGUCCCUCCAGAGGCCAGGAAACAUUACACACGCUCCUCUUUCCCGGUGACACAUUUUACACAUCACUGUGUCCUUCGUUUCGUGCUAGUUCCAGAUGCAAAGACAACUGGAUUUUUCACGUUUAAAAUUUCUCAUACAUUAAAUUCUGAUUGAUGGUAGGAAGGAAAUGGGUGUGGUCCCCAGUGCGGAUAAAAACAUCAAAGGAUGAAAUAGAAGACAUGGCAAUGAGAUGGUGAUGUCACAAAACCACAGUGAAGACCGAGUUUAUUUUUAUUUAUAACUGUUGGCUAAAAGCGUUUUGAAAAGGCAGUGCUUAUUUUGUUAUUUGCAUUUUAAGUACGUACCCCCCAUAUGGAAAACGUCUCCCUUCUCACAUUCCAGAGCAGCGUCUGUAGAGCGUUUCAUUCCUGUUGUUGUGGGCGUAUUCACACCUAGCUUUAAGGCCGAUAUAGUGGUGUCUCUGUUGCAUGUUUAAAUGCAGGGCUUCAAAAGUGAAAAAAAAAAAAAAAAGGAAAAAAAAAGACACAAAAACCUGUCAGGAUAAUAGUUCCUUCUUUCAUGUCAUGUGUUUUGAUUUGAACGCUUUAGCGGAUAUUUGAUCCUUGGUGCCCACUGUCGCGUUGCUCGUUUGAAGGGUCCUAUGCUGUUAGGAGGACAUAACUGACCUCUUCUAGUUGCUUCUUUGCCUUUUGAACUCCAAAUGACAAAUUCCUUAGUAUCACACUGAAUUCCCAGCACCUUUUCCUCUGGCCAACCUGAUAACGUGACUGGAGAUUUGCUUUGCAGCCUGGGGCCCUUACGCGGAUUUUUCUCCUUAGACUAGACAAGGUCAGCCAGAGCCAGGCUCCUAACACGCACACUGACCGGGCACGGAAAGGGAGCGUGAGGAAGUUCCAGGAUCGCUGUGUGCAGGGGAGAACAGGGUUACUAUAUAUAUUAGGUGUAUAUAUAUACAUACAUAUAUACAUAUAAAUAUAUUGUACAUAUAUCUAAGUUUGAGUCAUUCAAACUAGGUGCAAAAUGCUGACUUCAGAGUCUGAAUCAAUGUCUCUCUCCCCCCAUCCCUGACCUGCUUGCCGGUCAAUGACGUUACAAAUUCCUGAAACGACAGGACAUACAUACACGCGGCAACCACAUAUCAGAUAUUAGAUAUCAUUUUCCUUUGUGUGCACAGUAAACCCGACCUUUGGUUGCCACUUUGGAGCAUGUUAUUAAACCCCAAAUACAACAUGCGAUGGUCCUGCGAGAAGUCCGCCGAGUUUCUUCCUAGGGUGUGUGCGCGGUAUCGAACCAGAUCCCCUGCAAGGUGUGGAGGCGCGCGUGCAGGUGGGCCGCACACGCGCCUUCCGCCGUGGGGCUGCAAGACUCCUUCUGGAAGCGCCCAGAACCGUGUGCGGGAAGGACCCCAUGCUAACACAGGUUAUGUGCUUCAGAGCUGUUUAAAACUGCUGCUCGUAUCACACAUCUUGCCUUUCUUCAGGCUAGCUGCAAUAAUUUUUUUCUUCUGUAAGAUAUUUUGUAAACAACAACAACAAAAAGCUAUUAUAAAAAAAAAAAAGGGGGACAGAACGCUGGUAUCACGAUCAGGAAACCCAUCGCACCUCUGCCCGCCCCGUGUUACCAUCUCGCCACAUGCUGCUGACAUGAAGUAGGUGCAAACGACCUUUUUGUACAGAGAUAUAUUUUUUAUGAAGAAUUUGUAAAAUUAUUAAAUAUGCUGUAAUUUUUUGAUUAAUGUAGGUAAAUUGUUAAAAAAAUAAAUGUUUUUACAAAUACAGAACUGUAAUUUUCCCAAUAAUGUACAAUGUACCACCCCUCGCUGAUUUUCAGUUCCGACCCUAUUACACAUGUAUUAAUAUUAAAGUGGCCUGUUAAAAUGAACAGUAUCUUUCUUUUUUGUCAAAAACAUUAUAAAGAGAGUGUAAUAUAGCCUGUGCAAUGCCACCUACCUUUAAAGCAAAUCAGAGUUCUAAUUAAAUAUUUAAUUUUAGA